AUGGUUGUGAACGGAGAGAGGGAAAGGGGAGCUGCUUGUCUGCCCUGGAGUAGGAGGAGUGAUGUUGGCAGCACUGGCGGCGGUGUGCCAGUGGGUGGGCGCCGUGGUGCUGGCAUCGCUGCUGGUCUGGUUGGUUGGCACCGCCCUGGACAAGCUGAGGCCGCUGCGGCUCCUCGACGACCUGCCGUCGCGCGCCGUCCUCAUCACAGGCUGCGACUCUGGCUUCGGGCACGAACUGGCGCGCCGCCUGGACGGUCUGGGGGUGCCGGUGUUCGCGGGCUGCCUGUUCCUGAGGGUCCCGGUGCGCGCAGACUCGCCGCAGACUGCUCCUCCAGGUUGCGCGUACUGCCGCUAGAUGUCACCUCAGACCAGCAGGUGGCCGACGCCGUCGUCUCUGUGCAGGCGGCACUCGCGGACGCUUCAGGCACAGAGUUGUGGGCGGUGCUAAACAACGCAGGAAUUGCCGACAUCGGCGAAACGGACGUUACGCCGCUGGAAAAAUUCAAGCAGGUUCUGGACGUAAACACGGUGGGGGCCAUAAGGGUCUCCAAGGCGUUCCUGCCGCUUCUCAAGAAGUCCAAGGGCCGCCUCAUCAACGUUAACAGUCCUUGUGGCAGAGUGCCAAUCCCGAUGCUGAGUCCAUACUGCGUGUCCAAAAGCGCACUGAUAAUGUUUACCGACAUGCUGAGAAUGGAAAUGAAGAAAUGGUCCAUCACGGUCUCUUCUGUCCAACCGUCUUUUUAUGAAACUCCUAUGGCUGACGUAGAGCGCUUGCAGGUGAAGUACUUUGAAAAUACUGAGAAGACUCUGCCAGAUGACAUUCGACAGGCAGCAAGAAAGAAUUGUGAGGUACUUCUCAGAGGGUCCAAGUGGUUCGCCUUGAAAAACAUCUCAGAGGUCAUUGACGAGAUGGUGUCAGCCUGCGUCGGCCGUGAUGUACAGAGAGUGCACAUGCCUGGUUUCAUACCGACAAUAAUAAUGACGGUGGCUGCCAACUUACCAGACUGGCUGAGAGAGAUCCUAAUCCAGAUAAUCAUGGUGAUAAUAAAAAUAAUAUGGGGAUAAGAAAGUAGUCGACACAACGUCCACAGGAAGAACAUUGUGAGGUGGAUUGAGAAGGGUGUCCAGGCAGAGGAGCACAGGGUCCAAUCAGUACUUGGCGUGGAGAUACAGAAAACAUCUGUCAGUAACGUUACUCGCUUAUCAAGUCAUAUGUAUCACUAUGUACUUCCUAUUACAUAUGUGAAAUACUUCUGUUAA